AUGAGCCACUUAGAAAAGAUGGACAAGAUUAGAGGCCACUACCACGAGCCUGAGCCAUGGUCUACGCCUGGAAGAUUUUCUAAACUUGCUGAUAAGAUUGUUUGGGCCUUCCUUGGAAGAAAGCAAAGAAUUACAGUCAGAGGCACUCCACCUGAUUACGAAUAUGGGUUUUUUUCCCGUCAUGUUCCAAGUUAUCAAGGCGUCAGUGGAGCAUUUAAGGUUGUUGGGUAUUUGGCUAUCCUUUACCUACCAGUAAUUCCUUAUUAUCUUGGAUCAAAGGGUCAUAAGUUUAGAUUAAACGCUUAUGAAUAA